AUGGACUCGGAAUAUACGCGACUGGCAGACACCAUCCGCCAAAAGGCCAGCGCGCACUCCAAGCCACGAUAUCUCGUGGCUAUCGCAGGAGUGCCCGGCUCGGGCAAGACGACUACGGCGCAAGCCGUGGUCCAGCAGUUGAAUCAGGACCCAAGCAUUCACGCCACUCUUUUGUCCAUGGAUGGGUUCCACCUGCCGCGCUCUGAACUCGAUCGCCUUCCCAACGCCCAGGAAGCCUACAUUCGACGUGGUGCCCCGUGGACCUUUGACGUCAAGCGAUUCGUCAAGUUCAUGCACCAACUUCGCCAGUGGUCCGACAAGACGCCGCGGGCGGCGUCAAAGACCGGCCGGUGGGCUCCAUCAGAAGUCAUGCAAGCUCCCGCUUUUGACCACCAAGUCAAAGACCCAGUCGAAGAUGGGGUGGUGAUAACCCCCGAAUCGAAUAUCAUCAUUGUGGAAGGGAACUACCUGCUCCUCGAUGAGCCUGGUUGGCGUGAUUUGGCUAGUCUCGUGGAUUAUCGUGUCUUUGUCGAUACCGACCUCCAAGAAGCUCGAGAUCGUACCGCCAAGAGACAUGUACUGGCGGGCAUCGAAAAAACCUUGGAGGAUGGGUAUCGACGGGUGGAUAGUAAUGACUACUUGAAUGGGUUGUCCAUCAGGGAGAAAUUGAUUGGGCCAGAUUUGGUGUUGAAGAGCGUGAGCAUCGAUCAACGGUGA